AAACAUGUUACAGCUAAGGACCUGACCAUAAAGUCAUAAUGUUGGGUCCACCAUUGUAAUUGUCAGUGUCAUAAAGUCAUAAUGUUUUCGACUGCUGACCAACCCCCAUUGAGACGCGUCAAGGACCUUGACCACCACUUACCAGACAUAAACACUUGAGACUUGGGAUGCCUAAUUUCUUUCAAAUUCAAUGGCAUUCUGUCAUUUGAUCUGGUCGACUCAGCUUUGAAAAUGGCAGCUUCCUGCGUUUACGAUGUGUUCUUGUCUUUCAGCGGUGUUGAUAGUCGGAAGAAAUUCACAGGCCACCUCUUGGCCGCUUUGGAGCGCCAUGGUUUUUACACAUUCAGAGAUGACACUAAACUCAAACGAGGAGAAGAAAUUGGUCCCGGAUUGCUCAAAGCAAUCGAGCAAUCGAAGGUUUCUGUUAUCAUAUUUUCCGAAAACUAUGCCUCCUCAAGAUGGUGCCUUGAUGAAUUAGUGAAGAUCAUGGAUUGCAAGAGGACGCUCAAUCAGAUUGUUAUUCCCAUCUUUUAUGAUGUCCAACCCACCGACGUUCGCUCACAGAUGGGUUGCUAUGCAGAAGCAUUUGCCAGUCACGAAAAGAAGUUCAACUUGGAAUCGGUGAUGAAAUGGAGGUUGGCUCUAGCUGAGGCUGCCAAUUUGUCUGGUUAUGUCCUGCAAAAUGUGGCCGACGGGUGUGAGUCCAAGUUUAUUGAGAUUGUUGUUGGAGAAGUCGCAGAAAAAUUAAAUCCUACAUGUCUAAGUGUUGCGGACUACCCAGUUGGAAUACAGUAUCGUGUUCAAGAACUGAGUGAGUUUCUAAAGUUGGGGUCAAAUAGAGAUGAUGUUAGGAUUGUUGUCAUAUGGGGGAUUGGGGGAAUAGGUAAGACUACAAUUGCUAAGGCAAUGUAUAAUCGCAUGCAUCGUGAGUUUGAAAGCAGUAGCUUUCUUGCAAAUGUUGGACAAACUUCGAAGCAACCCAAUGGCCUUGUUAAAUUACAAGAAAAGCUUCUUUGUGAUCUACGGAUGGGUGAAAAUCAUGGAAUAAGAAGCGAGGAUCAUGGAAUUGAGGUAAUAAAACGGCGAGCAUGGUGUCGAAGGGUUCUUCUUGUUCUUGAUGACGUAGAUAACAUCCGCCAAUUGAGGGCGUUAGCCAUAAAUUGUGAUUUUUUACGUCCAGGAAGUAGAAUCAUAGUAACAACUAGAGAUUUGUCAUCAGUAAGUUCACUUCAAGUGGAUGAGGUGUAUAGGCUUGACGAGUUGAAUAAGGAAGAAUCUCUUCAACUUUUCAGUUGGCAUGCCUUUAAGAAAGACCACCCUGUAGAAGACUUUAAGAUCCUCUCUGAGGAAGUAGUGAGAUAUGCUAAGGGGCUUCCUUUAGUUCUUGAAAUUUUGGGUUCCUUUUUGUCUGACCAAGAAGUACCUGAAUGGAGAAGUGCAUUGAAGAAGUUGAAAAAGAUUCCUCAUAAUGAUGUUCAAGCAAAACUUCAGCUGAGCUUCGAUUCACUUGAUGAUGAACAGAAGGGUCUAUUCCUACAUAUUGCAUGUUUUUUUGUUGGAAUGGACCAAGAUUUGUCAAUCAAAAUACUAGAAGGCUGCGGUUUCUUCCCAGAAUCUGGAAUUGGGGUUCUAUCUCGUCGUUGUCUUGUAAGAAUUGAUAGGCUUGCUGGGUUUAACUUUCUGAAGAUGCAUGAUCUGAUUCAAGACAUGGCUAGAGAGAUAGUCCGACAAGAAUCCCUUGAAGAGCCCGGCAAACGUAGUAGAUUGUGGUAUCAUGAAGACGUUCUUGAUGUACUGAGAACUAACACAGGGACGAAUGCAAUUCAAGGCUUAGUCCUGAACUCGCUAGAAUCAGAGAAGCUACAGCUAAAUGCAGAAGCAUUUACAAAGAUGGUGAGGCUGAGACUUCUUCAUCUCAAUUAUGUCCAUCUAAUUGGAAGCUACGAACAUCUCUCUGAAAAACUUGUAUGGCUAUCUUGGAAAGGAUUUUCUUCAAAAUGUUUACCAUCAAGCUUAGUUAUGGAUAAUCUGGUUGCCGUUGACUUGAGCUAUAGCAACCUCAAACAAGUUUGGGAAGGAACAAAGGUUUUGGACAAAUUGAAAUACCUCAAUCUCAGUCAUUCCUAUUUCUUGAUUAAAACUCCGGACUUUACGGGGUUCACCAGUCUUGAGACAUUGUUGCUUGAUGAUUGUACAAAGCUGGUAGAGGUUCACCAAUCUAUUGGAUGCCUGAAAAAUCUCGUUGUCUUGGAUUUGAAGAAUUGCCAGAAUCUUCAGAAGAUUCCCUUGAGCAUUUUUAUGUUGAAGUCUCUCCUUCAGUUUAAAUUGUCCGGCUGCUCCAAAUUAGAGUGGCCAACAUUUUUACAAAGAUCAAGCUUUUCGUCAUUACAGUUAUCAAGUAAUAUCAAGGAAUUAUUUAUGGAAGACUGCAAUAUAACAUAUGUGCCCAAAGAAAUUGGUAGUUUGAUGUCCUUGGAAUUUUUGGAUCUUAGCAGAAACAAAUUUUCUAUCCUACCAGCUACCUUCACGAACCUUCUGCGACUGAAGGCCCUCUAUGUUAACUAUUGUCCAUGGCUUGAAUUAGUUCCGGCGCUUCCGGCAAACUUAUUGGGAUUCAGUGCGAACUACUGCAUGUCAUUGCAAAUCAUAUCAAUAGAAUCGAGAGCAACAAGACUACAAUUCCUUAGUUUUGAGGGUUGUCCCAAAUUAGUCGACAACAAUGUUGCACACGAUGUUAAAAGAAAUCUCUACUAUUAUCAGAUUGGAUGUAAACCGUUCGCAACAAAAGAAGCAGUGAAUAGAAUGCUAGAAAUGAAGAAACCCUUGAAUAGAAUGCUAGAAAUGAAGAAAGCCGUUGAUGAAGAUAAGGAACAGGAAAGUACCAAAAUCAAAGAAAAUGAAGGUACUGAAAAUGUUGGAACUUCACAACUAACAACUGAAGAAGAAAAAUCAAAGACUGAAGCUCCAAAACCUUUGUCCCAGGAAGAGACCGAAAGUCAAAAGGAGAAACCUGCCAACUCUUCUGAAACUUCAACAGAAUCAGAUGCUGAAGAAAGGAAUCCAACUGAUGCUGACCCCAAAAUCUUAGCACCUACUCCAAUCAGAACAACGCCAGAGAAGGUAUCGACAAAUGUUCCCACAGCUGGCUUAAUGAGUCCUGCUUCUGUUUUGAAGGAAGUUGAUGCAACCAAGCAACCUGUGUCAUUGUCUCCUUCUGUUGAUCCUGAUGAAUUCAUUUCCGACUUGGUCUUAGCUGUUGAAUCUGACAGGCCUUUAGCUUCUGCUUCUACAGAAUCUCAAUCAGUCCCUAUUUCACAAGCUUCAAUUGAUGAAGCCAAAAAAUAUUUCAAAGUGGUUCUUUCAGGAAUGUUUGAGGAUGUGGCUGAACAACCAGACCGAUUUAAUGAGGCGUUGUCCAUUCUAAGGGAUUCUGGAGACUUGAGCACUGAAGAAUUGAAUGAACUCAAAAUUUUCCAAGCUCAAUUCCAAACCAUUCUCAGCACCUUUCAAACUUCUUCUUACAUGCUCAAAGAGACUGAAAAUAACUUGGAAAGCAAUAAACAGUCUAAGGCAACCAUUGGAGAACAGGUUAUAAUUGAUAACUCCAAAUAUUUGGCCUCAAAAGCUUUUGUCCAGGAAUUGACUGAAAAGGAGAAAACACUUCAGGAAAAUAUAGACCGCUUAAGUGCCGAAUUAGUUUCAAUCAAGGAAGCAAGGGGCGCUGCAGAGAAGGAAAAUUCAACCCUUCGAUACCGUCUAAUCAAUCUUGGCAAAUCCAGGAAUCAGGUGUUGACAAAUCUUGGGACUUUGGAGAAUCAAAAGAAAGCUGCUGAUGACUCUCUCUCUUUGGUGCAAUUUCAAUGGGAAAGGUUUAAGAAAUCUUUUAAUCUUUGAAAAUUUUAUUUUUAUGAACAGUUCGCUUUAUUUUGUAUAAGAAUAAGAAUGACCUAUAUGGUGGCAUUUUCAAUUAAAAGAAUCACGAACAGUGAGAACCCAUGACAAA